AUGAGGGUUGGUUGCAUUGGGGUCCUGUGGGGUAUCAAUGCCAAAGCUUGCACUUACUCUUGGAUAUGCCCCGGGAAGUGGGGAUGGAGGGAAACCAGAAAUGGAGAAGGAAAGCAUUUAGGAAUAGGGCUAGGGCAUAAACCAGAAAUGGAUCUUGUUGGGCGUGACAUGAGAUGGAGGAUGAUUAUGAAGAGAAACUAA